GGACAGCACUCCUGGUAAUCACGAGGAUCCGUGACGUGUUGUUGAGAUAUCAGAAACGUCGAAGUCGAAAGACAUAAUGGAUGCGGCUUUCAAUCUCGAUUCGUUCGUUGAUUCCCUGAAAAAACGCCUGGAACCACCAGUGCGUGACCACCUGAAAAAUGUGUACAGUGCGCUGGCCAUCUCCACGCUAGCUGCGGCCGUUGGAGGAUACAUGCAUCUAUUCACAGACCUGCUCCAGGGCAGCUUUCUGACAACCCUUCUGUCCCUUGGACUUCUGAUUGCCCUGUUCACAGUGCAAGACAACGGGAAAAACCAGCACAUCCGCCUGGGCAUUCUUGUGGGAUUUGCUUUCACAACAGGUCUUGGCAUGGGACCACUGCUUGAUAUAGUUGUCUCGGUGGACCCAUCCAUUGUCCUGACCGCUUUCUUGGGCACCUGCAUUAUUUUCACUUGCUUUACCCUGAGUGCUCUGUAUGCUGAUCAUGGUCGCUGGAUCUACUUGGGUGGAACGCUGAUGUCCAUGCUGACCACAAUGUCUCUUCUGGCUCUGGCAAACAUUUUCCUUGGCUCUCUCCUGCUUUUCGAGCUGCACCUGUACCUUGGAAUUUUCUUGAUGUGCUGCUUUGUAUUGUACGAUACCCAGCUUAUCAUUGAGAAACGGAAACACGGGGACAAGGACUACAUUAGGCACUCCAUUGACUUGUUCAUUGACUUUGUUGCCAUCUUCAGACGUCUGCUCAUUAUCCUGACCCAGAAGUCGCAGAGGAAUGAAGCUAAGGAGAGCGGAAAACGUGAGAAGCGCAACUGAAGCAGCCAGGCUACUCCACACUGGGGUCUCAAGCCUGCUGUCUGUCUUGUGGUUUUGUUUUUGAAAUUUGCUUCCUGGCAUUCUGAAUUGAGACAUUAAGCUCUGUGCAUAAUUUGAGGCAACGAAGUGUUUUGUGCUGCAAAAUUCUUUCUUUAGGGAUUAAAGUUUCUGCCAUCAGAAGGUACAUGUCGGCAGUAUUCUGUUCUCCAGGUGUCCGUGUUCACUAGUAAACUGUGCUUGGUUGUUUUCGCUAUGGUACUGAAUUUUCCCUCCGUGCUGAGUACGGUUGGUGGUUCUCUUUGAGCGCAUGUGCACAACACUUGCAGUAAUGUCGCUUGCCGAGCAUUGCAGCCUCUAUUUAAUAUGAUGUUUCUCACGUUUGUGUAUGUGUUAAGGUUAAUGAGUUGUACAACUGACUGCAUUCAUAACGUUUGCACUGUUUGCCGCAUACUGGGACAAUCACUGGGUUUUUAUAGGUAGUCAUAGUUUUAUGGGUGUAUAAUGUGUGAUUCAAUAAAGAGUGCACAAACGUAACACAGAGGCCUCCUGACAGUAAAUAACGCAGAAUAUAGUGUGCUGAGUGUGGAGAGUUAGGCAGGCUGGUCUGAGUUCAUAAUCACAGCGGGGCAAACAAACUUCAGUUUGAACGUUUUUGUUUGUUGCUUGUGAUUAUGAAGAACAUAGCUACUACAUGAUCAAACAAAUAUCUGGUGUUUAUCAGCAUUUUUGGACACAUACAAGGGGAAAAAAAACAUUUGGGGAGAUAGAAAAAAUUUGAUUUGCAAACAGUUAUCUCAACCACUUGUAUGGCAGUGUUAACACCUGGGAGCUAAGGGAAUACCUUUACUGGUGUCAUUCAUGAGGAUGUCCCAUUCCAGUUUUGUGGAUAAAACACUGGAAACAUUUAAGUAAUAUGACAAAGGAAUACAUAGUUGUGGAAACUUUGGACAGCAUUAGAGUUUGUAAUGUUUAGUGGUGAUUGUUGCGUACAUGUACCAUGAACAAAAAGGUUUCUGUAGUUCGAUAGGCACAGGUUUUAUAAUGGGUGUCUGAACUUCCCUCUGCUCAAGGAAACCAUCACCUUGCACAUCUGCAAGUUCUGGAGUCACAUUUUUCGAAUGUCAAAUAAACUAUAUUCUUGGUGA